AUGACCCGGAUCGCUGCAUCAUUUGCUGUGAAGAUGUUCAAGGCGUGGAUCACAGAGAAAGAUGCUAAUUCAGUAACCUCAUCUUUGAGGAAGGCAAACCUGGAUAAAAGACUUCUGUGGAAUGUCAGCAAAGAAAUUAUAAGUGAGCAACAUUUAAAGCACCUUAAAUACUAUGCUCCUCUGCUGACAGUGUUCAGCACUCAGGGUCAGUCACAGCUGGUGCUGCUGCUGAAGAUCCAAGAGUACUGCUACGACAACAUCCACUUCAUGAAGUCCUUCUCUAAGAUAGUGAUGCUCUUCUACAAAGCUGAUGUCCUGAGUGAGGAGGCCAUACUGAAGUGGUACAAAGAUACCCAUGCUGCCAAAGGGAAGAGUAUCUUCUUGGAACAGAUGAAGAAAUUUGUAGAGUGGCUCCAGAAUGCAGAAGAAGAGUCAGAGUCAGAGGGGGAGGAGGGCUAG